UUAAUAAUUUUGUGCUUGUUUCAGAUCGAUGAAGAUUUAACGGCUCGCAUUAAUAUGGGUGAUGCGAAAUUCUCGUUCCAAGAACGUGGACGUAUUUAUCAACCGGCCUGGAUGUCACCAGAGGCUUUGCAAAAGAAACCUGCCGAUCGUAAUUGGGAAGCUAGCGAUAUGUGGAGCUUUGCUGUACUCCUAUGGGAGUUGACCACCCGGGAAAUACCGUUCGCCGAAUGGUCACCCAUGGAAUGUGGCAUGAAAAUUGCCCUCGAAGGAUUGCGUGUCAAAAUACCACCCGGCACAUCACCACACAUGUCCAAACUGAUAAAUAUCUGUAUGAAUGAAGAUCCUGGAAAGCGGCCAAAAUUCGAUAUGGUUGUGCCGAUUUUGGAGAAAAUGAAACGUUGA